AUGAGCCCCGCCUUGUUCGCAUCCCGCCAGGGGCCAUCCUGCGGCCCCAUGCUGUCCGACAGCCCGCGCUCAAGCGUGGCCGCGCCGUUCCUGCCGGCGCGGCCCGCCAUUGCCGGUCGGAUCGCCCACCGCGGGGUGGGCUGCCCGCUGAUGCAGCGCCAGGGGCAGCGCCUGGCCGUGGCGACGGUGGAGCCGUCGACGGCCAGCCCCGAGGAGGCGCAGAGGCUUAAGGACCUGGCGAUGGAGACCGGGUACCUAAAGAUCGGCCGGGAGUUCCCCAAGGGCGUGACCCUGUCCGACAUCGUGAAGACGCUACCAGAGGAGGUCAUGAAGCUGGACCACGGCAAGGCGUGGCGCGCCGUGGCCCUGACCUCGGCGGCCGUGGCCGGAUCCAUGGGGCUGAUUGCGAUCGCGCCGUGGUACCUGCUGCCCUUUGCGUGGUUCCUGGCGGGGACCGCGGCGACGGGCAUGUUCGUCAUCGGACACGACUGCGGUCACAGGUCGUUCCACGAGAACAAGGUGGUGGAGGACGUCGUGGGGACGGUCAUGAUGAUGCCCCUGAUAUAUCCCUUCGAGCCCUGGCGGAUCAAGCACAACGCCCACCAUGCGCACACCAACAAGCUGGAGGAGGACACGGCGUGGCACCCGAUCCGCCCGGGCCAGUUUGAGGCGGCACCGAAGACGUUCCAGUGGGCCUUGCGCCUCUUCCUGGGCUCCCCCCUGAAGUGCUUCACGUCCAUCGCGCACUGGGCCAUGUGGCAUUUCGACAUCAACCUGUACACCGAGAAGCAGAGGCCAAGGGUGCUGAUCAGCUGGGCGGCGGUGGCGGCCUUCGUUGCCUUCGGCUUCCCUGCGAUCAUCGCCAACCUUGGCUUGGGGGGCUUUGUCAAGUUCUGGCUCGUGCCCUGGCUGGGCUACCAUUUCUGGAUGAGCACCUUCACAGUGGUGCACCACACAGCGCCGCACAUACCCUUCAAGGACGCCAAGGACUGGAACGCGGCCGAGUCGCAGCUGGCGGGCUCCGUGCACUGCAACUACCCUGGGUGGGUGGACACGCUCACCCAUGACAUAGCCUGGCACGUGCCGCACCACGUCUGUGCCAAGAUCCCUUGGUACAACCUCAGGGCAGCAACGGAGUCCUUGAGGGAGAACUGGGGAGAGUACAUGACCGAGUGCAACUUCAACUGGAAGAUGAUGAAGACGAUCUUCACCGAGCUACACAUAUAUGACAAGGAGAAGAACUACAUCCCAAUGGACCAUGCAAAGCCAGAGAAAUUCUUUACCGCGCAGAGGAAAAUCCUCCCGGACAGUGUUUAG